UGGUAUUAAAUAUACAGAAUAUAAUACUUUACUAGAGAAAGGGCGUGAGGAAUGAGUCUUUAUUCUCAUACAUGCUCCACAUGUCAGACAUGACUUGCUUCAAUGUGAGUGAUUUACCAAAAACAGGAGUGCUGUAAGUCUGUAAAUUUGCCCGACAUAAGUGACUAAUAAAUGGGAAAUACUGACUCAUCAGCUUUUUCGCGAAGCCACGUUGAAAACAUUUCGUGCAUCUCUUCUUAGUCAUCGCCAUUUAAGUGCAGUGAGAAACAUGUUUUUCCUACUGAGUCAACUAACUGAACUUGUUUAUGUACAGGUACAGAGCCACAUCGAGAACUCAAAGUUCCACCUCCACCAGACCCAGAACCAGCAGGUCAAGCAGUACCUGACGCUGGGCUCCAAGCUGGCCUCUUCGGCCGGGCAGGGCCACGCCGUUCCACAUCCACACGCCCCCGGCCAGCCGCUGGCCACCGUGCCCAUCAUGAGGAAUGGACACAUGCCCUCGGUCAGCGACGGCAGCAACCCCAACAGCCCUGUUACCCUCCUCACUAUGGCCAAUCACGACAGCGAGUUUCCAAUGGAUGAAGUUAUUGAUGACCUUAUUAGUCUUGAAUCCGGUUUCAAUGAUGGGGGCUUGGAUUGCAUGGAGCCUAACAUCAUAACGCAAAACAAUGUGUCCCUCAGUGGCAGCAUGCUGGACGUCUAUGGGGGUGAACAAGAACAUGACACACGAGUGAUGGCCAAAGAGAGACAGAAAAAAGACAACCAUAAUCUGAUUGAAAGAAGGCGAAGAUACAACAUCAACUACAGAAUUAAAGAGCUGGGGACGCUUAUACCAAAGUCGAAUGACCCCGACAUGCGUUGGAACAAAGGCACCAUCCUGAAGGCCUCGGUGGAGUACAUACGGUGGCUGCAGAAGGAGCAGCAGCACGCUCGGGAGCUGGAGAGCCGUCAGAAGAAGCUGGAGCAGGCAAACAGGAGACUUCUGCUCAGGAUCCAGGAGCUUGAGAUCCAGGCCCGAGCACACGGCCUUCCCAACAUGGCUUCAGCCUUGGGAUCCGUUGAACUGUCCUCACAUCUUCUCAAACAGCAGCAGCAGCAGCAGCAGCAGCAGCAGCAGUCGUCUCCCCAGACCCAGCAGCCCCAGCAGCCGCCCCUCUACCAGGAGGACCCCAACGGCGACUACCUCCAGAGGAUAGCCGUGGUGGCCGGCGUGCCGUCCAUCCCCAGCGCCGCCGGGCCGCAGGAUCACAUCCAGGGAGCCGACGGCUGCACCACGUUCUCCGACCCGCUGUCGCACUUCACAGACUUCUUCAGCGCCACUCUCAAGGAGGAGCACCGGCUGGACGAGAUCCUCAUGGACGACCCUCUCUCGCCGUUUGGCACUGACCCCCUCCUCUCGGCCGGCUCGCCCGGGGCCGCGUCUAAAGACAGCAGCCGCAGGAGCAGCUUCAGCUCUGCAGAGGGGGACGACCUAUAAGGGCGUCUUCUCUGGCAACAAACUCAUGACAUUGUAAUCCCAAGUGGUAAAGGGCAUAUAGAGCCUCUAAAGACUGGCUCCGGGCAUACAAUAAUAACCACUCACAGGGUUGCGAGUAUUUAAAUGACAGCUAACACAUCAGACAGUGCCCCUCAGAGUGCCACCUGUAUAUAAACUUUCAGUUGUAGUUCACCAGGUGGCUGUUAGAGCUCCACAAACAGCUCAUGGACCUCCUGCUCCUCCGCCAGCUCUUUUUAACUCUGACGAUAAAUAUGUUUCUCUGGCUCCCGGACAGAGCAGAAAGAGACUCACAAGAAAAAGGGAGACAUUUAUCCGCCUUUAAUGUAAAUCACCAUCUCUUUUUGAUAAACACUGUGGUAGCUGUACACUGUUACAUAUACUAAAUAAUCACUGGAAACCUGUCAGAACUGUCCUUUUUUAAAAUGAAAAUACCACUACUUCAUAUAAUAUUUUUUAAAAGUGUCAGUCAGGAUUGUGAUUGUGUGAUGUGCCUUAUUCAUUUUUGUCUUUGGAAAGAUAUGAACUGAUGUACUCACCACCAUGCCUAACACGUCUUUGUCCUCUCUGUCUUAUCCGUGUCUGUUCAGUGUUUUUGUUAAAGAAGUGCUUAUGUAUUUAUAUAUGUUUUAAUCCAUGUAUUACUGAAAAAAGAUAUAUUAUUA